AUGGAAAAGCAGAAGACAGUGAUGGGUUUGAUUCUUUUGCUUUCUGUUUGGGGUGUGAGUGCUUGGACUGGGGAAAUCCAUGGAAGAGUUGUUUGUGAUGUUUGUGGGGAUUCUUCUCUUGGACCUGAAGAUCAUGUGAUUGAAGGUGCUGAGGUUGCUGUCCUUUGCAUCACCAAGUCUGGAGAAGUUCUAAACUAUCAGGCCUUCACAGAUGCCAAGGGGAUAUACACAGUAGCUGAGACAAUGCCGGAGAGUGAUCGGUGGGACGCAUGUCUAGCUCGACCAAUCAGUAGUUUCCAUGAGCAGUGCACUCAACUUGGUGAGGGCAGCUUGGGGGUCAAAUUCAGUUACAAUCACCCAUCAGGAUAUUCACACAUUGUCAGGACCUUUGUGUAUCGACCCACCAGUGUUCCAACUUACUGCAUUUGA